AUGUCCAGCAACAAUAACAGCAACAACGAUAGCCACACAUUGAACGAGAACGAGACCGAGGACCAGAGCAAGAACGAUGGAAUCACGAGCAAGGCAGCCCCCUGCACCGGCUGCACAGGGCUAGACCGGCCAGAUGCAUCUAUGGAAAUGAACCCAGGCGAUGAGGACGACGUGGACGACGUCGCAACGAAGCUGAUCAUGGAGGAUCCCAGCUACAACCAAGAUAUCCUGAAGGAUCUGCUCAACGUGAUGCGCCUGGUGGACGACGCACACGUGCAGACGCUGCUGGGGAUGAUCCGCUCCGACUGCUCGCUGGAGGAAAUGAAACACUUCGUCGACAAGACCUUGAAGGACGUGCAGGCUGCCGGCCGCGACGGGGAGACGGUCCAGCGGCUGCAGGAUAUGCGGAUGCGGGUGCGCAUCGAGAGCGGCGAGCCGGCGUUUCGGCCCCAGGUCAUGGAUAUCCAUUAUCUGUGCGACGUAGCGCCGUACAAGGUGCCUGCCAAGCCAUGGACGAAGGUGACGGAUGACGACGCGCUGGUGUCGCAUCUGAUAUCGUUGUAUUUCACCUGGGAUUAUCCGUUCUACGCCUUUGUCGAUAUGAGGGCGUUUGUCCAGCAUAUGCAGGACGGGAAUACCAACUCGGACUUGUGCAGUCCGUUUUUGGUCAAUGCCAUGCUGGCCAAUGCAUGUCAUUAUUCACAAUACUCUGACGCAUAUGCGAUACCGGGCGAUGUGAAAACCAAGGGUAGCGAUUUCCUCGCCGAAGCAGAACGACACAUGCAUAGCUACCAGCUCGAACGAGGGAGGAAUGUCCGUCUUGCGUCUUUGCAAGCGACACUGCUUCUGUAUGAAAGGUAUUCCAUGUCUGGCGACGACGACCUGGGAUAUACCAUGUUGCACCGCGCCAUCGAAAUGGCCGAGUCCCUUGGCAUCAUCAACGGCCCGGAUCUCGACCUGGACAAGAUGCAAAUGUCCGAGGAGAUGCGAUCUUCGAUCAAACGAACCGCCUGGGGGUUGUUCCAGGUCGACACCGUCGUGCAUACCAACUUCCGAAAACCGAGCAAAAUCCACCGCGUGUGCGUCAAGCGCAUCGACCGCGACGAAAGCAAGCCCAGCGAGCUAUGGAUGCCCUAUCCAACAGGCAGACCGCCACGGCCGUCCUUCCUGAGCCAAUACUUUGACGAAGCCUGCCGACUGUCCUUCAUCGCGAGGGACGUCUCCCAUCAUCUGUACGAAGACCCCAAACCCGACGCGACCCAGCACGAGCGAAAGAAGGAAUUUUACGACAAGCUCCAGGGCUGGGAAGCCGAGCUCCCCGAAUUUUUCGAGCCAGCCAGCAAACCCCCGGCCCAUAUUCUCUUACUGAGGAUGCGCUACCACGCCAUCAUGAUCAGCCUCUCGCGCGACGGCUUCGGCGUCCACACCUUCUUCUCCGAGGAAGAAGGCAAAACACAGACCACCGUCCCUCCCUCCAGCCAGCUCCCGCCUAACCUCCGCGACAAAGCAACCGAGCAGAGUCUCGUGUCAGCACGCGCCAUCGCCGCCCUGGUCCGCAUCCACCGCGAGGAAUACGGCAUCGGCCGCACGCACCCGUUCACCACGUACGCGAUCAUGGUCGCGCUGUUCACGAUGCUCGACCAUGCAUCGUUCGACAUUCUCGACAGUGAUUUCCUGGCCCUCACCAGUGCGUUCUCGGUCAUCGCGUGCCGGUCGCAGGUGGGUCGGAAUCUGUUCCAUAUCUUCCGGCAGUCGGUAAGAGCGCAUGACCAGGAGGCGCGCGUGCUGGAGUCGGAUGAGGCGCCGGAGGAGAUUAAAGAGCUGUUUGGGCGGUAUCCGCGCUCGCAGAAGCCGGAUAAAUGGGAUGAGUAUGAGGAUGGGCUGGAUAAGUUGGGGGAGGGCGAGGGGAGGGAUGUGGCGUCGGUGGAUGGCGUGAGGAUGCGGAAUUAUGCGGCGUCCGGGGUGCAUGAUAUGUUGAGAAAGUAUGAGAGUCUGAGUCUGGGGCAUGAUCGGACGUAG